AUGACCAGAUAUGCAGGAAUCGUGUAUCGCUCCCUGGACCAACAUCUUCUGCAUUUGCCACUACAAGAGGUCGACGUGAGAGUAUGGAUGGUUGACGUCUCUGCGAGAGUCAUGCUCUCUCAAGUCUUCGAGAAUGACUCAGAGAGCCCUACAAGCCGCGCAAAAUACGUGUUCCCUCUUCCAGCGAACGCCGCGAGCUGCGCCUUUGAGCUCGAACAUGCUGAUGGGCGCGUUAUAACCUGCGUUGCAAAGGAGAAGUCAGAAGCUGCAGAAGCUUUCCACGUUGCAAUGGAUGCCGGAAGGUCCGCGGGAUUAGUAGAAUUAUUCACAGUUUCAGUUGGCUCGAUUCCUGCCCGGCAGAAGGUCACAGUCAGAUUGACAUUUGUGAUGGAUCUUUUUGAUGAGGGAAGACAAGAUCAUGUCUGUUUACAGCUUCCAAUGACAAUUGCUAAACGAUACGGCGAGACUCCGCUCGAUACAUCCACGGCUAAUGAAAGGACGCGUGUUCAAAUCACUGUAGACGUACAAACCAGUGGUGUGAUACGGGCUAUACGUAGCCCUACUCACCCGAUCUCUCUACUGCGAUACAGGAUACACGCAGGAGCAAAGUCUGAACGACGGAGGACCGCACGGUGGUCAUCUACGACGUUCCUAGACCAAGACUUCGUGCUGACGGUACAUGCCCUUGGACUCAACGAACCUCGGUGUUUCGCCGAAGUCCAUCCCCAGCAUGCGGAUACAAUUGCCAUGCAGCUCUCUUUCGUACCGAAGUUCAAAAUACCUCGCGUUGCGUCGCAAGAAUACAUAUUCGUUGUUGAUCGCAGUUCGAGCAUGAGCGGAGCUCCGAUGGAGACAACUAAGCGCACGCUGGGGAUGCUCCUUCACCUCUUGCCAGACUCGGAUACGACAUUCAAUAUCUUCAGCUUCGCGAGCGAGGUUAAUGGUAUGUGGGAGACGAGUGUGUCAUUCAACGACAGGAACAUGCAGUAUGCGAUCUCGAAUAUACAAGCCAUACAAGCCAACAAUAGCAGAACGAAAUUUGCCCACGCCCUGCAGCUUGCAGUGACAUCUCGCAAUCACAAUCGCCCGACUGUCAUAUUCGUUCUUACUGGUGGAGGCGGACGUUCAUCCACAAACCUCGAUCCAUUCGAGGUUGUCUCAGCGGCUGUCGAUAACUGCAGGCCAAACGCGCCAUUAAGGGUAUUCACCCUCGGGAUCGGUGAACAUGCUGCAUCGGCCGUGUGCGAGCGCCUCGCUCGCUCGGGCGGGGGUGAAUGUUUGUUUGCAGUUCAAGCUGAAGACAUAAUUGAGAAAUGUGCAAAGCUUCUGAACACUGGUCGAACGGGUGUAAUCGAGAGUGUCGUGGUUGAUUGGCAUGGUUCGGGCAACCCACAAGCCGUCAACUUCUUACCCUCGAAUUACCAUCACUCGCUUCCACCCAGUGGUGUGCAGCUGGAGCCGUCACCCCCGAUACAGCAGGUUCCACAUAGGAUCACGAAGAUAUUCCCUGAGACGCGCUCCAACAUCUUUGCAAUCACCACUUUUAGAUCGAUUCCUCCUGAAGUCAGGCUGUAUGCCAAGGUUGAAGGCUUGGCUGAGAUCCUCGAGUUCGUGGUGCCGGUCACGGCAGUUAAACCACCGCACAAGGAUGAACUUCCACUCCUUCAUACUUUAGCUGCACGGGAACUUAUUAAGCACCUGGCAGAGGGUAGAGCACCGCUUCCAAAACCUGUGGUACCUAUCACGAAUGAGGAAGUUCAAAAAGCGGCGAUUGUCCGCUUAGGACUUGAAUACCAGCUUGUGAGUCAACACACGUCCUUUGUUGCCAUAGAGUCCCGACGUGAGGCAGCGGGGAGUGGGCUACGCUGGACAACACCAUGGGAAAGGUCUCUGCAGCAGCAUUACUAUGCAUCCCCACCUAGCGUCAGUGCUAGUGAUGCUGCUGAGGAUUAUGCUCUGGUAGAUGAGAGCAUGGUACACACGGUUUUGGACGACUUGUCUCGGGUGGUUGAUGCAGUGUUUAGCUUUUUCACCGCAGAUCAGGCUGCUCUGUCACGCUCGAGACGUCAGAGGUUGCUUCCUGGUACAUCUGCGCAAUCCCGUUCGAGCUCGUCGUCGAGUCAGAGUGCACGUCCGUUCCAUUACGACAACUCAAUCAUGGACACGUUCUCUACAUUGAGUUCGUUGGCGGGCUUCUCCACCAAUUCUCAAUGGAUCCAUUCUCGGUCGUCCAGCCCUUCGGAAGAUUCAAUUCAGCGCAUCCCAUCGCCAGUCUUCGAUCCAACCUAA